UGUAAUGUGACGUUCCUCUGGGAAAAGAACACAACUCACUACGGUUUCAACCGAAACGCAGCAUGAGGAAGUUCACUUCCAUGUCUUGGUGAUUCGGAAAGAGUUGGUGUUGUUUUCCUGCUGGAAGCUCUGAGAGACAGGGGCCAACUGCAGCUCAGUGGGGGGAGGCAGGUGAGUGUUGGUGGCUCAUCUUCUCGGAACAGGCGUGGAUCCAUUACUGCUGAGGCUCUUCUGCUCACUUCCUGUAGUGUAGAGCUGUAUGGCAGUGGUGUGGGCCCCCGGGCCGGCCUUGCUGGCCCUGCUGGCCCUGCUGCAGCUGACCUGCUGCUCCGUCCUCUCCAGACCUGCUCAAGUGCUGCUGGAGGGACAGGCAGCGUCCUCCUUCCUUUCCCGCUCCCUGCUCUAUAACAGCUGGGACUUUGAGAUAGUGGUGUCUGAUGAUCUGGAGCGGGAGUGUAUUGAGGAGCAGUGCAGCUAUGAGGAGGCCAGGGAGGUGUUUGAGGACGACACCCAGACGAAACUAUUUUGGAAGACCUACAGCCAAGAGUAUGCUCCCAGAGUGGAUGUGUCGGGGCUGGUGGCCGGAAUCCUGGCCCUCCUUGUUGUUUCUGCUAUUGCCACUGUGCUGGGAAUCUACUGUUACAAAGCCAAGAACAAAGGUGGACCAAGAGCUCCAGUGAGGAUGGCAGCAGAUGGCCGUCCAGCCCCAGAGACCGUGCCUCUGGCUGGGAUCAUGGUCCCAGGUUUACCCAGCUACAAUGAGGCUCUGAACCGCAGUGGGCAACAUGAUGCCCCCCCACCACCUUAUUCAGGUGGUGCGCCCUCAGAACCAGCUGAUCCCGGGGAUGGAGAAAGAGAGGUCUGAGCCUCUUCUGGAGCUGUGAUGGGUACCGGGGGUUUGAAUCAACCUUGAAAUAUUCCAUGUUUUUGAAUUUACUGUAUUUAUAAGUGAAGUUAGCAUAGAAAGGACACUACUGACAGUGUGGUGGACAAAGCGUGUUGGUUGUCUUCUACACGUGAUGCUUAUAGUGGGUCUGUAUGAGGGUGUGGUUCAUUUGUGUGGUUUCAUUGUACACCAAACUGUGUUGUGUUUGUAAGGUAUUUUUAAACAAAGCAACAAAACACAAGAAUCGUUUCAUUGGGAGAAUAGUUUUCCCCAAGAGAAUUGAGCAUGUUUUAUACAAUAAAUGAUACAGCAUUUUAAA